AUGUCACUCAAACAAAAAGAAUUCACUACUCCACCACCACACCCGCCAGUCGGCACACCACUCCAUUGCCCCUCCGCGCUGCCAUGGUACUCAAUCGCACCAGGCGUGUGGGAGUUUAUGCUAAACGGCACCGAAGAAGAAAAAGCCGUGCUGCAAUGGUGGGAGCCAAAUACGCUCUCGGCACAGACCGACCAAAUAACACACACCUACAUUGAAGAAGUGUGCACGUUGCGCGGUGGCCUCGAGGAUCUUUCGCUCAAGCAGUCGUGGGGUAUCGGUGCCUAUGCGUAUAGAUACCCUGGCAUGGAGCAUGGGCCAUAUAAGGCUGCGAAGGAGGGUUGUUUGCAGUUUGUUAAGAUUAUGCCAGCUAAGUAG